CAGCCUCGCGAGUGUGCACCUCAGUCGCGCGCUCAGUCCCGAGGAAAGCUCGCGUCGACCGAAACUCAGAAGUUUGUUGGAAUGUUUUUGUCGAGUUUAUUUAUCGCACUUUACAGUUCCUCGCAGCGACGAGUGGAGUAUAAACGAGUUUAAACGGAAACGGAGUUUAGUUUCUGCUGGGAUUAGAGAGUUUUCUUGUGGCAGGACAGAGGACGCGCGCUCACACGGACGCGCAUAACCAAGGAUUGGGUUUCAGUCCGCUUUGAAUGUAUUUGUGUGCAUGAUCUGGAUCUGAUUCAGUUUGGAUUUUAAACGGAUGAAGUUUUAUAGUAAUUUAUGUGAAGCUGUAGUCAGUUUUUAAAGUUUAUUGCCUAAAGUUCUUCAUGAUUCGGAUUUGUUAAUUUUUCGGAUAAUUAAAAUAAAACCCCGUUUUAAGAUCCGGUUGGUAUCGGAUUAAUCAGACUGAAGUGAAUCUAAUGAGCUGACAGCAGGACUGAGAGAUGGAUCAUGUUUCUGUCUUCUGCUUCUGCUUCUGCUUCUGGACUGGAUUCAUCACAGCUGAGGAAGAGGUGCUGAUGAACACGAAGCUAGAAACAUCUGAUCUGAGAUGGACCAUCUACCCCAGCAGUGACCCUGAGUGGGAGGAGAUGAGCGGUUUAGAUGAGGAGGGCAACAGCGUCCGCACCUUUCAGAUCUGCCCCAUGGACACGUCUGUGAGUCACUGGCUGCGCACACGCUUCAUCCCGCUGCGUGGAGCCACUCAGGUGUACGUGGAGAUCCGCUUCACUGUGAUGGAGUGUUCAGCCAUGCCUUCCAGCUUCCGCAGCUGCAAAGAGACCUUCAACCUGCUCUACUACCAGAGCGACGAGGACACGGCCAGCAGCACACACCCCGCCUGGAUGGAGAACCCCUACAGCAAGGUGGACACGGUCGCGGCUGACUUCCUGUUGCGUCGCGGCGGAGAGAAGAAGUCUAAUGUGAAGACGGUUCGUGUGGGUCCUCUGUCUAAGAAGGGCUUCUAUCUGGCGUUCCAGGCUCAGGGUGCGUGUAUGGCCCUGCUGUCCGUCCGUGUCUUCUUCAAGAAGUGUCCCUCCGUCACCCGCUCCUUCUCCUCCUUCCCCGAGACGCUCCCUCACUCGCUGGUGCAGCAGGCCGAGGGCGUGUGCGUGCCUAACUCCGCCCCCACAGGCCAAGCCCCGCCCACCAUGUUCUGUGGGGAAGACGGUCAGUGGGUGGGCCCUCCGUCCUCCAGCUGUGUGUGUGAAGCAGGGUUCGAGCCGCUGGACUCUGACCGCUGCAGGGCGUGUGGAUCUGGUCAGUAUAAAGCGUCCAUUGGUGGGAGUUUGUGUCGUGUGUGUCCAGACAACAGUAACACACACUCUUCAGGAUCCAGUGUGUGUGUGUGUCGCCCAGGAUUCCACCGCGCCGCCAGCGACCUUCCAGACUCACCCUGCACCACACCUCCGUCGGCUCCGCGCAGCAUCAUCUCUCAGAUCAAUGACACGGUGGUGACUCUGGAGUGGUCGGAGCCGCUGGACCGCGGUGGACGCUCGGAUCUGUCCUACAGUGUGGAGUGUGUGCGCUGCAGAGGCUCCUCCUGCGUCCCCUGCACAGACAGCGUCACCUACAGGCCGGGGCAGGUGGGCGUGGCCGGGAGGCGGGUCAUCAUCCGUGGGCUCCUCCCACACACCACCUACACCUUCUCCGUCAUCGCCCAGAACGGAGUGAGCGCUGUCAGUCACACAAGCCCCGCCUCCAGCUCGGUCAACAUCACCACCAGCAGAGACGUGGCUGUCCCAGUGUCCGGCGUCAGGAGGACUAAAGCGUCUGAGAGCAGUGUGUCCAUCAGCUGGACGGUUCCUCCACACACACAGCACAGUAUUCUGGAAUAUCAGCUGCGCUACAGUCUGAAGGACCAGGAUGAUGGAUGGCAGUACGUCAGCAGUAAAAGCAGCUCUGUGGUUCUGUCUGAUCUGAGCCGAGCGUCACAGUAUCAGGUGCAGGUCAGAGCCAGAACCAGCGCAGGAUACGGACACUUCAGCCCCGCCGCCAGCAUCAGCACCCUGCCGGACGAUGAAGAGUCUCCGUCGCGGCUGUUGCUCAUCAGUGUUCUGGUCGCUAUAGGACUCCUCAUUCUCAUCGCCGUGGUGAUUGUUGCUGUGUUCUGCUUCAGGCGCUCCAGCCGCACACGGGAUCCAGACCCGGAUAAGAGCAGCCAGUUCCUGAUGGGUCAGGGGAUUAAAGUGUACAUCGAUCCGUUCACAUACGAGGAUCCGAACGAGUUGGUGAGGGAGUUCGCUAAAGAGAUCGACGUGUCGUUUGUGAAGAUCGAGGAGGUGAUCGGUGCCGGUGAGUUCGGUGAGGUGUGUCGCGGCCGGCUCAGGGUUCCUGGGAAGAAAGAGAACUACGUGGCCAUUAAGACCCUGAAGGCUGGCUACACAGACAAGCAGAGGCGGGACUUCCUGUCAGAGGCGUCAAUCAUGGGUCAGUUCCAGCAUCCCAACAUCAUUCACCUGGAGGGAGUGAUCACAGCUUCCUGUCCUGUGAUGAUUCUGACCGAGUACAUGGAGAACGGCGCACUGGACUCCUUCCUGCGGCUGAACGACGGUCAGUUCACGCCCAUCCAGCUGGUGGGGAUGCUGCGUGGGAUUGCGUCUGGUAUGAAGUACCUGUCGGAGAAGAGUUAUGUUCACAGGGAUCUAGCGGCGCGAAACAUCCUGGUCAACAGUAACCUGGUGUGUAAGGUGUCUGACUUCGGCCUGUCCAGAUUCCUGACGGAGAACUCUUCUGACCCCACGUACACCAGCUCACUGGGCGGGAAGAUCCCGAUCCGCUGGACGGCUCCUGAAGCCAUCGCCUUCCGUAAGUUCACCUCGGCGUCAGACGUCUGGAGCUACGGCAUCGUGAUGUGGGAGGUGAUGUCGUUCGGAGAGAGACCCUACUGGGACAUGAGCAACCAGGACGUGAUCAACGCCAUCGAGCAGGACUACCGCCUGCCUCCUCCCCCAGAAUGCCCUGCGUCUCUGCACCAGCUGAUGCUGGACUGCUGGCAGAAGGAGAGAUCGUCUCGCCCACGCUUCUGUGCCAUCGUCUCUGCCCUCGACCGACUGAUCCGCAACCCAGCCUCGCUCAAGAUCACCGGACGCAUCUCAGACACAGGGCCGUCUCACCCUCUGCUGGACCAGCGUCCUCCUCCGUCUCUCUCUCACUGCAGCUCAGUGUCCGACUGGCUCCGGAUCAUCAAGAUGGAGCGAUACGAGGACAACUUCCUGCAGGCCGGCUUCACCUCCAUCCAGCUGGUGUCACACAUCUCCACCGAGGAUCUCCUGAGGAUCGGCGUGACUUUAGCGGGUCACCAGAAGAAGAUUCUGUCCAGCAUCCAAACACUGCGGGUCCACGGCGGAUCCCUGCGAUACUGACGCUUCCCAGCAUGCCCUGCUUCUGCUAUCAGACCGAUCGACCAAUCACUGUGGAGCACCACAGGACCAGCCAAUCAGGACAGAAUCUCUGGGGUUUAUUCUCUUGGUUUUGUCUUCGGCCUCGUGAAGAGACAGACGAGCGUUACGACAGAGACGUCAGCGGAUGACGUGUUACUGUUGCAUUCUGGGAGCUUAAUCGGAUCUUCACAUUGAAGAUUCAUUAUAAUUAUUAUUAUAAAUUGAGAUUAUUUUGUAAUUAUUGUUUUGUACGUAUAAAAACAGCACAAAUAAUGAACAAAUGUUUGUUUAGCAAAAGUACUGUGGGAGCUGUCAAUCAAACUGAGUGUAAUCCAUGUGACCAAUAACAUUAAAGAUCUGCACUGGCCCCUCCCAGCAGAGCUGCUGCAGUGUGUGUGUGUGUGUGUGUGUGUGGAGAACUAGAGAACUGAAUCUCAGUGACAUACAUCUGAGUGAAUCGGAUUAUCAACAAAGACAACAUGAAGGGCGGGGCUGGAGCUGAGAUGUGGGCGUGACGUAUGCAGAUGAGCACAGCUGUGGAGGCGGAGCUUAAGAGCGCUGAAGGAAUCCUGCACACAUCACCAGAGAGAAGAAGAUCCAGUUAUCACAUUCUGAUUAAACAUCACCAGCUCAAAACAUCUUUAGAAUGAGACCAGAUCAGUUCACAAUAAGAUCAUAUAUAUAUUUACGCAUUUAGAGUGAAUAUUCAUUUCAUGACUAAUUUAAAACCCUGUUAUAAAGUCAAACCCAGGAAACUAAUUCACCAUGUGCCCUCCAGCAGCUGAGUUUGACACCCUGCUCUGUGGUUUCAAACUGCUUGAAACAUUAAUUUCUUGCCUAUUUUGAAUGCCAAGUGUAGACACCGGUGUGUUUUCAGGAGGCUGUACAGAUUUUGCUUACAUUGAUUGUGAUGUGGUCAAAUUGACCCCCGAUGGUUUUCAUGUAAUUUUAUAUGUAAUAAACUUUUUUUUACUCAC